AUGCCGCCGGCGAAACGAGUAAAAAGCAGCGCGAAUGCAGACAAAGGGCCAGCCGCCGGCUCGGGACGGCCCACCACCCAGGACUUGGAAGGAGACAGCGAGUUUGCCAACCUUGCGCGCCAACAUUGGCUGAAGACAACGAAACGCGCCGACGAGGUCAAGGUCAAGGUCAAGAACGAUGUGCUCAAGAGCGAGAUCUGGGACGCCCUAGAGAAGGAUGGCUUCCCUCUCAAAUCCCUCUACCUCUGGCCCGGUUACGGUGAAGAUUCGUCCAAUUACCAUGUCCUCCUGAUUGUUCUGAUAGUCAAUGCCAAGCGCAGGGAAAGACUGGACGCAUGGGGCCUCUUCAAUGACCGCCCAACUGACUUCUCCGACCUCUUCCGCCGCGCCCUGUCCAUGACCCUCGACGACUCGCUAUCUUGGAGCAUCAGGACCCAAGUCCUCCAGUUUAUCAUAUACGCCUUUGAGAGCUUGGACUGCACCAUUGUCCGGAAGGAAUGCGCACCCCUGGUCUCGAUAUCGAUCUGGCACAAUCUGUCCACCGAAGAGAAGCGCAACGAGCUGCUGGAUUCGAACACACACCUGAGGAAAGCCUGGAGGGCAUCCGCCAAGCGAUAUGAUGUGGCGGAUGAUGCAGGAAAAGCCCGCUUGCGAUUCGAGAGGGCAUGGCUGUACAGCUCCGUCCUGGAAUUCUUCAGGGUUCUUUAUAACCCAACCGCCAAACAAGACCAGGUUAUGUACUGCGAGCAUUUCCUCGAGCUCCUGAUAGAUGUCCUCAGCCAGCUCCCAACAAGACGCUACGUCAACACCCUGCUCCAAGACCUCCAUAUCUUGCCGGCUCUGCACCUAUCACCAAUGUACAACGAUGAAGGAAACGGUCUGUUGCGGGAUCUCACCAAGCUCCUCUCGCACUUCGUGUACUUUAUGGUGGAUGACCAGACAGGAGUUCAGUAUAGCAAGACCGAGGCGUACGAUCAGCAUUGCGCCAGGCUCGCAAAGCUACAAAGGACAUCCUUGAAACACUUCAAAGACAAGCUGACAGUGCUUGCUUUGUCCAAUUACGGCUCCAUCGACAAGAGAUCUGACCUUUUUGGGCUGCUGGAUGUCUUGACCGACGAAGAGCUCACCGAGUUGUCUCGGUUACUAGGAAUGCGAAUCAGCUACCCAGGAUCUUCGACCUUAGUGGUGGACCGGAGGUUCUUGAUGGAGGUGCUAUUGUCAACAUUCGAGCGUCACAAGACCUUCCAAGAAGAGGCGGCUGAGCUGAGUGUUCUUCCCACGGAAGAGACGCUCUUUGAGACUGGUCUGGGAAGGACCGAUUACUAUGAUGGUUCGCGACCUUUGGCGCUGCCAAAAGUGAAUCUGCAGUAUCUCACAGUAGGAGACUUCCUUUGGCGGUCGCUGACCCUAUAUCGUUGCGAGGCAUUCUAUGCUAUCCGACAAGAUGUCGAGGCAGCCUUGACAAGGCUAAAACCUGAGGCUCGGCGCACCGGUGAAACUGUAUUCACGGGUUUCUCAAGGAUGGCUUUGCCAAUCGGCAAGCCAACAGUACUUGAUGUCGUCCCGCCGCUUGUCGGUACUGAUGUCCCUUCGACUGUAAAGGCUGAAGUAACCAUCGACUUGCGUAAACUGACAGAGCAUGUUCGCCGUGACUGGGACGCUCUUCGGCCCGAUGACGUGUUGUUCCUGGUCGAAGUAAAUGCUUCCAAGGCAAAGAAGGUUGAAAACGGCGGGGCACCUCUUAGCGAGGCCGAAAGACUGGGGUUGGUGACUGUCCGGACGGCAGAGGUGAUCCAGAUAAUGGAUGACAGAGGUCGAGCGGUCCGCGAUGCUCAAGCAUACUUUGAGAACCACAAUCGGAGCUACACAAGAAAGAUCCAGGUUCGUUUGGAUGCUCAUGCCUACAAGCGGGACUCGGAGGGUAAGCGGAACGUAUAUGAGGGAAUCAACCUUAUCGUCCGUCGAAGCGGUCGUGAGAACAACUUCAAGCCGGUCUUGGAGUCGAUCCGUGACCUCGCCCUCUCCGAAGUACCUCUCGCUCCAUGGAUGCAUGAGGUAUUCCUGGGAUAUGGUGAUCCAGCUGGGGCAACAUACAAGAACCUUCCCAACAGGAUAAAGAAGUUGGACUACCGCGAUACAUUCCUAGACUGGGAGCAUUUGAUCGAGUGUUUGCCCGGCAAGAAUGUUGAGCCCAGCGAGGAUGUAUCUGGAACCAUCAACCCCCCUUUCAUCCUCGAGACUGUUGAGAAACCGGCCGAGGAGGGAACCUCCAAGCCUUCCAAGAAGAGGAGGCGGGAUGCCGAGCCUGCUCUCAUAUCCGAGAUAGAGACAGUGAAGGUUUCGACUUACAAGCCUCCAAACAACGGGCCAUAUCCCAUCGAUGCGCCCAAACUCAACUCCGUCCGGUUCACCCCCAAGCAGGUAGAAGCCAUCAUCUCUGGCUCUCAACCUGGCCUCACGGUUGUUGUCGGCCCUCCUGGAACAGGCAAGACCGAUGUUGCCACCCAGAUCAUCAACAACAUAUACCACAACUUCCCUGAACAGAAGACUCUGCUCAUAGCACACAGCAACCAGGCUCUGAACCAGCUCUUCGCCAAGAUUGUAGCGUUGGAAAUUGAUGAGCGUCAUCUUCUACGUCUAGGACAUGGUGAGGAGGACUUGGAAACCGAGGGCAGCUUCAGCAAGCACGGACGAGUGGAAUCCUUCCUUGAGAACCGUGAUCGGUAUCUCCUUGAAGUCAAUCGCCUCGCUGCCAGCAUAGGAGCACCUGGUGCCCACGGAAACUCGGCCGAGACAGCAGGCUAUUUCAAUAAGGUCUAUGUCCAACCCGCAUGGGCCAAGUUCAGCGACAUUGCGAAGGCUGAAGACGCAACCCCUGAGGACAUCGUCAAGGCAUUCCCUUUCCACUACUACUUUGCCGACGCGCCCCAGCCUUUGUUCCCUCCUGAUGCCGAUGUCGACACUGUCCGGGAGAUUGCCAACGGCUGUUAUCGCCACAUCUCCAAGAUCUUCACCGAGCUUGCUGAUGUUAUGCCCUUUGAAAUCCUCCGCCGGGAUCGCGAUAAGGAAAACUACCUCCUGACCAACGAAGCCCGCAUCAUCGCCAUGACCUCCACCCACGCUGCCAUGCGCCGUGGUAAGAUUGCCGCUCUGGACUUCCACUACGACAACGUGGUCAUGGAAGAAGCCGCUCAGAUCACCGAAAUCGAGAACUUCAUCCCCUUCGCCAUGCAGAAGCCCAAGGACGGCAAGGCCCCGCUCCAACGCAUUGUCCUCUGCGGCGACCACUAUCAGAACUCCCCCGUUAUCCAGUCUCUCGCCUUCCGCCACUACGUCAAUCUUGAGCAGUCCCUCUUCUCCCGCCUCGUGCGCCUCGGCGUGCCCACCAUCAACCUCGACCUCCAGGGCCGCGCCAGGCCCUCCAUCUCGGGUCUCUACAAGUGGCGUUACCCAUCGCUCAACGAUCUGCCGCACACCAUGACGGCUACCGAGUUCCUCACUGCCAACGCCGGUUUCAAAUACGAGUACCAGUUCAUCGACGUCCCUGACUACAAGGGCCAGGGUGAGAGCGAGCCGACGCCGCACUUUAUCCAGAACUUGGGCGAGGCAGAGUACGCAGUGGCCAUCUUCAUGUACAUGCGUUUGUUGGGCUACCCCGCAGAGAAAAUCAGCAUCCUCGCUACUUACGCCGGACAGAGGGCGUUGAUCAAGGAUGUGUUGGGUCACCGUUGCGCGAAGAACCCCAUCUUCGGAUUGCCCAGGAUCGUCACGACGGUGGACAAGUACCAGGGCGAGCAGAAUGAUUACAUCAUCCUCUCCCUAACCCGCACGUCCCGCGUCGGCUACCUCCGCGACAUCCGCCGCCUAACCGUCGCCCUCUCCCGCGCCCGUCUCGGUCUGUACAUUCUCGGCCGCCGCUCCGUCUUCGAGUCGUGCUACGAGCUCCGCGAAGCCUUCGAGCUGCUCCUCCAGCGCCCGGACAAGUUGACCCUCGUCACCGGCGAGCUGUGGCCUUCGCAGCGUGUGCUGGCUGAUGAGGUUGGCAAGGAAGGACUCGAGGGAGAGACGGCCAUGGAGGGCGUGGAGCAUCUGGGACAGUACGUGUUUGAGAUGACCAAGACCAGGAUCGAACAGUUGAAGGAGGAAGGGAAGCAAUUGCCUGCUCCUACUGAGGAGGGCGAGGGACAGGUGGAGGUAGUGGCUGCGGACGGGGAGGAUGGUGCUGAGGUUGUGGAGUUGGCGAUGCCGGAUGAGGAGGAGGUCGAGGCUGUUAGAGCUGAAGGGUUUGAGGCUGAGGAGGAUUGA